AUGAUUACGCCUAACUUUUUUUUCUUGUCGAUAGGCACGUUUUUGACAUGUCGAACGAGCGAGAUUAAAGCUCGUCAGGUUACUUUUGAGCCACGUCAUACUACAGCUGAGCCAGUGAAUAUCGGGUCUGCUAUUUCUGACGGAGGUUCAUAUGAUGAUACAAUGCUGAUUUUGGGUCGCGUGGUUAAGUUGAAUCCUAUGGUAUCUAUCAUGAAGUACGAUAAUUCUACUCAACAACGUGUGCAAAAGGUUUAUUGGAGUGCUGUCGUUGCUGAUACAUCUGCUGCAGUCAUGAUCGUAGUAUGGGAAGAUAUUGCUUAUGCAUGCUCGUUAGAGAAAAUACCCAGACAAUAUCCCAGGACUCCUGUUUUCGCGAUGGAAAAGGAGCACCGGCGUGCAUAUACCAAUACUCGAUUUCUGCUGGGCUUUGCAGCUACGGAAAUUCACCGCGAAGUAACCACUGUUUACGAACGUGAUAAUGUAUCAUUCAACACUGAUGCACUUUGGGUUCGUCGCUUCUCAAACGGGCGAGACUCGGUCGAAGAUGAUCUACGAGGCGGUCGACCCGUAUCCGUCGUCACCACAAAGAACAUUCGCGCUGUCGAACAGCUGGUGAACGAAGAUCCACAUUUUGUAGUAUUCUCUCGCAUAAACCAUUAG